AUGCGACAUAUCCAGAUCGAUGCCCCUUUAAUUAGUGCUCUGGUUGAGAGGUGGAGACCAGAGACACAUACUUUCCACAUGACCCAAGGUGAGAUGACUAUCACCUUGCAAGAUGUGGCAGUUCCACACCCAAAUGAGUUCCAUCAUUCAGGUGACUUGCGUAUCUCAUACUUAGAUCGGUUAUAUACCCAGUGGACCGAUCAUACUGGGGAUCAUGAUGUCGAGAUCUACUUCACAAAGGCGCACAUUGCCAGGAUGCUGGGUUCUUGGUUGCUGGCGGACAAGUCUGGAGGCAGCAAUUUCGAUGUCGGUCGAUCUGACAUAGGUGGUUGCCAUAUUCUCCUUCAGAUCUGGGCAUGGAUACGAUUCCCACCCAUUGCUCUGCCGCCUCCUCCUCAUCCAGAGCCGGGCACGCAUUAUGGAUGCUGGUUCAAUACAGUAGCAAAGUUUAAACCUAAUGAGGUCACUCAUUAUCGGGCAACCUUGGAUACACUUUGUAGAGAUGAGGUGGUGUGGCAACCAUAUAUCGAUUACCAGUGGCUGGACGUGACUGCACACGAGCAGUACCUUUGGCUUGCCGUCAGUCCCCUUAUUUACUUUCACACCGUAGAGGCAUGUCAACCGGAUAUGUGCAUGCGGCAGUUUGGACUGGAUCAACCCAUCCCGGAAGUGAGCAGAAAGUUGAGAGGGAUACAUGAUCAUACUCUACGGGGGAAGGUUGAAGAGAACUGGAGGCGUAAGCUUAGUCCUUGGAUAGCAAGAUGGCAGGCCAGGGAGCAUCAUAUUGUUGUGCCCCCUCCAUUACCAGGGUUGAUGUCACCUAAUCAUGCGUACAUGGAGUGGUACAGAGCGAGGGGAAAGAGAUACAUCUCUUGGAGGGCAACAAAGUUGGGACGAAUGAUUGACGGGCUAGAAAUGUUGUAUCAUGCAACAACUACAGAGAAGUUUUCACGAGUCGGUUUAGAGUAUAUCCAUGAGGAGAUUGGCAGGCUUAUUGGAAUAUUUCGGGAGAAUUCACGAGUUGAUGAGCCUGGACCUGAGGCACCACUAGCCCAGACACAUCAGGAUCUGCAGUUAUCCCAGGAUGUUCCCCGAAAGCGAGUUGAGGGACGCGGAUUAGGACGUACCCUCGACCAAGUUACUUGUCAGGAAGACAUCGUCUAUGUACGUGAACGAACUCUGCCUAACACUUAA